CAAGAACCAUCUACAGUCUCUCAAAAGUCAAUGUUCAUCUUCUCCGUUGGUCUCCAUCUCCGUGAGGAAGAAAAUGAGUUCUCCAUGUAAAUUACCAAACAAACUCAUGUCGUUUCUCUUUUCAUCAUCCAAAUCUGGGUACAGUAGUUGCGAUUCAGAGGAAAGCUCUCGAUUACUAAAAGACUAUGCAACAUGGGAAUUCAACGCUUUCCUAUGGAUUUCUCUAGUAACUAUUACCGCUCUUUCGCUCGAGAAGGUUUUCAAAUUGUUCAGAUUAUGGGCUAAAGCUAGGAGAAUUGCUGGUCCUCCUAGUAGUUCGUUCUUCGGCCAUAAGAACUUCGGUUCCCGCGACAAUUUCAUCGACCUUUUGUCGAAGCUGCACAGUAAAUAUGGUUCAGUUUUCAAGUUGUGGUUAGGGCCUACUCAGCUUCUGGUAUCCAUAAAAGAUCCAGAACUUAUCAAAGAUAUGCUUUUAAAGGCUGAGGACAAAUUGCCUUUUUCUGGGAAGGCUUUUCGUUUAGCCUUUGGACGAUCAAACCUCUUUUUUUGCUCCUAUGACCAGGCACAAAAAAGAAGAGAAUCAUUGGCAUCUCAAUUGAAUGAAAAAUUGCGUGGAAGAGCUGAUAUAAUUUCUAAAGAUGUUAUAAAUUGUAUCAUGGAAAGAUUGGAUGAGAUUUUGGGCAAAGGAAGUGUUGAUUGUAAAUUGGUUUCUCAACAUAUGGCUUUUACCAUUUUGGGGACCACACUCUUUGGGGAUACAUUCCUGGCGUGGUCAAAGGCAACGUUUUAUGAGGAACUUCUAAUGAUGAUUGCAAAAGAUGCUUCCUUCUGGGCCUCAUAUAGAGUUACUCCCUUCUGGAGACAUGGAUUUUGGACUUACCAGUAUUUGUGCACAAAGUUGAAAUAUUUAACUCAAGAUAUCAUCCAGCAGUGCAGAAAAAAUUGCAAACUAUUUCACCAUGUAGACCACAGCUCCAAUGAUGAAACCAUGAAAUAUGGACUGAAAAGUGCAUCUAGUAUGUCACCUUUUGGCAUUGUCAUGCCGUAUAAAUUUUUCUCGAGGGAGGUUGAUGGCCAUCUUAUUGCAAAAGAAGAGCCAUAUGGGAAUGUUACGGGGAUGAUGUUUCAUGGAUGCAUAACCACAGCAAGUUUGAUAGCUAAUAUAUUGGAAAGGCUUGUUGCUGAUCCAGAGAUACAGGAUAAGAUAUACUCAGAGAUCGUUAUGGCAAGGCAAGGAUCCGCAAAAGAUGAUCAAAAUGUUGGUAAAAUGCUCUUGUUAUUGGCAACUAUUUAUGAAUCAGCCCGCCUUCUGCCACCAGGUCCUCUGCUACAGAGAUGUUCUCUGAAAGAUGAUUUGAAGCUCAAAAAUGGUGUUAUUAUACCAGCCGGAGCAGUACUGGUCGUGCCUGUACAUUUGCUGCAGAUGGAUGAUGCUAAUUGGGGCAGUGAUGCUAGCAAAUUUAAUCCAUAUCGGUUUUUGUCAAAAGUUGGGGAGGUUUCUGAUUCAGUGCAUUUGCCAUUUACAGAAGUUGCUGAAAAUGCUGUUGACCACACUGAAAACAAAUUCAUUUUGAAUGAUCCAAAUGAAAAUGCAGCUUUUCUUCCCUUUGGUUCCGGUAUACGUGCAUGUGUGGGUCAGGAGUUUGUGAUCCACGGAGUUGCCACUUUGUUUGUUUCCUUGCUUGAACGCUAUGAGGUAAAGCGUCAAUCAACCCCGGGAAAUGACCCAAAAUCAAGUAAUUCAGAGAUAGUCUUUGUGAGGAGAAGCAGUUGAAGGAAUACAGAAAUAUGAAGUUUCCUAUGUGUGAACAAGUGUUUUUGUUGUUCAUCAAAUAGUUGUUGUAUAAACACACAUCUUUUUCCUUUUCACCUCUUUCUUCAAAAUUGAUGGGGAGUCCUUGCCUUUUUGCUCAUUAGCCUGCGGAGGGGAAAGAUGUGGCACGAGUGUGUUUUGUGUCUCGUGUCUGUUCUCUUCCUGUUUUUAGAAUAGCUCUAGUGCUGUCUCAGAUACCUUGAUAAUUGGUUUGGUUUUGAAGCGCUAUAAGCCUAUAUGUGCUGCUGAGCCUCGCUGGUUUUCUUCCCCAUCGUUGAAGUUGAUAUAGUUUUCCCUUAUAGUUCUUUUGAACUUUCUUUUUUUUUCUCUCCAAGAGGGAGUUUAUGUCAUUUGUGUGUAACCUCUUGUUCAUUUAAUGAAAUGUUGUAUUCUAUGAUC